GAUCAGACAGCUCUCCACGGAAUGUUACAGUUUAACCCGACUCAUCUUGCUUUCUGUGUCUCUUACUAGAUCUCAGAUAAACAUAAUUACCAGAGAAGAUUCACUCAGUCCGGGGUGAACCCUGUGUGCAUGGAACAGGUCUAACUAGAGGGAGAAACAGGAAGGAAAACUCAGAUGUUUCCCACAACAAUCGUCAUUUCAGCUGCGUUGAUUUCCUCUGCCCUAGCAGGACCAUGGGCUAACAUAUGUGCCAGCAAGUCUUCCAACGAGAUCCGGACAUGUGACAGCUAUGGCUGUGGACAGUACUCUGCUCAAAGAACCCAAAGGCAUCACCCAGGUGUGGACGUCCUGUGCUCGGAUGGAUCUGUGGUGUACGCACCAUUCACCGGGAAGAUAGUGGGCCAGGAGAAACCCUAUAGAAACAAAAAUGCCAUCAAUGAUGGCGUUCGACUGUCUGGAAGAGGUUUCUGUGUCAAAAUUUUCUACAUUAAGCCAAUUAAGUAUAAAGGUUCUAUCAAAAAGGGGGAGAAGCUGGGCACCUUGCUGCCCCUGCAGAAAGUUUACCCGGGCAUACAGUCGCAUGUACACAUUGAAAACUGCGACUCCAGUGACCCCACGGCAUACCUGUAAACAGGGACAAAGACCAGAUCUUCUAAAUUCAAAGCCAUCUCAGAAACUGGGACACGCCCUGCUCCUGAAGAAACGUGCAUUCUAACAGAAACACAAAUCUGUGUAAACACUCACAACCCUGAUUCCAACUCCUCGCCACUCUGACGGGUGACUCUGGUCGGCCUGCCACCUCGAGGGCCAGGGAGUUUUACGUUUUCGAAUUUUUGGGUUCUGGUGACUGAAAUAAAUGAAUGACACAACCCCCAUGUG